GGAAUGAAUUCGCUGGGCUGCGGAGCUUGUGAUCCUAACUCUACGAAGAUAAGAGAUUGAAGAGGCGACGACAAAUAAGAAUCGGAUAUCCAGCUGAUAGAUAAAGUAAACAACAUAUAUAUAGAACUCCGGCGCCUUUGUUUGCCGGCAAUGGAGGCCGUACAAUUUUCAACCGUUUCCUCCCGCCAUUUUCCUUCGGAUUCCUUGCAGAAGAGUUCCGGAAGCUUGUCUAGUUGCAAAUGUGCGGUCAAUUACGCUCAGGCUGUCCGUUCUUCAUGGACCGGUUCGAACAGCGUUGUUUCUCUUUCAUCCAGAAAUCCGUUUACCAGAGAACUGUGGGGUUGGGUGAAUACCAGGGGUGUUGCUCUGCCUCUGAGAAGAGAUACGCGUGGCGUGGUGAGAGCAGAAAUGUUCGGGCAGUUGACCAGCGGGCUUGAAAAUGCUUGGAACAAGCUCAAAGGAGAAGAGGUUUUGACGAAGGAAAAUAUUGUGGAGCCUAUGAAAGAUAUUAGGAGAGCUCUUCUGGAAGCAGAUGUAAGCCUUCCAGUUGUUAGAAGGUUUGUUCAAUCAGUUAGCGAGGAGGCCGUUGGGGUAGGCCUCAUUCGAGGAGUAAAGCCUGAUCAGCAGUUGGUCAAGAUUGUACGUGACGAGUUGGUGAAAUUAAUGGGAGGAGAGGUGUCAGAACUAGUUUUUGGGAAAUCUAGCCCUACAGUCAUAUUAUUGGCUGGUCUGCAAGGAGUUGGCAAGACAACUGUAUGUGCAAAGCUGGCAAACUAUCUUAAGAAACAGGGAAAGAGUUGUAUGCUUGUUGCUGGAGAUGUGUACAGGCCUGCUGCUAUUGACCAACUUGUCAUUUUAGGUGAACAGGUGGGCGUUCCUGUUUAUGCAGAAGGGACAGAUGUCAAGCCUUCUGAAAUAGCUAGGAAAGGCUUACAGGAGGCUAAAAGGCAAAAUGUUGAUGUUUUGAUAGUAGAUACUGCUGGAAGGCUUCAGAUAGACAAAGGGAUGAUGGAUGAAUUGAAAGAUGUGAAGAAAGUCCUGAAUCCGACUGAGGUUUUGCUUGUUGUGGAUGCAAUGACGGGCCAGGAAGCUGCAGCACUAGUGACGACUUUCAAUGUUGAAAUUGGAAUCACGGGUGCCAUUUUGACAAAGCUAGAUGGAGAUUCCAGAGGUGGGGCUGCUCUGAGUGUUAAAGAGGUAUCAGGAAAGCCAAUCAAACUUGUGGGACGAGGAGAGAGAAUGGAUGACCUGGAGCCUUUCUACCCAGAUCGUAUGGCUGGACGUAUUUUAGGAAUGGGAGAUGUUCUGUCAUUUGUGGAGAAAGCACAAGAAGUAAUGCGCCAAGAAGAUGCCGAAGACCUUCAAAAGAAGAUAAUGAGUGCAAAAUUUGACUUUAAUGAUUUCCUGAAGCAAACUCGAGCAGUCGCACGCAUGGGUUCCAUGACUCGUGUCCUUGGCAUGAUCCCAGGGAUGGGAAAGGUAACUCCUGCUCAAAUUCGAGAAACAGAGAAAAGCCUAACGAUAAUGGAAGCGAUGAUAGAAGUGAUGAGUCCAGAGGAAAGGGAGAAGCCUGAAUUAUUGGCAGAGUCAGCAGUUAGGAGAAAAAGGAUUGCCCAAGAGUCUGGGAAAACAGAACAGCAGGUGAGCCAACUUGUUGCCCAAUUGUUCCAAAUGCGUGUUCGGAUGAAGAAUUUGAUGGGUGCAAUGGAAGGUGGAUCUAUUCCUGCUCUGAGUAAUCUUGAAGAUUCCCUAAAGGCCGAACAGAAGGCUCCUCCUGGUACUGCAAGAAGGAAGAGAAGAUCGGAGUCCAGGAAACAGUUUCAAAGCUCAGCAUCUCCAAGGCCUAGUUCUCGUGGCUUCGGUUCAAGCAAUUAGGAUCUAUCCACUCGGAAAAGAUACAAGUCUGAUAUCCUGGAACUAUCACGUUUGAUUGAAGCAUCCAGCGAGCGAUUUGAGAGAAAGUAGUUUAUGUAACAACGCAUCAUUCCUUUUGUUAGUCGUUUCUGUACAAGUUGUCCAGUAUUUGGAUGUGAACUCCUCCUGAAGAUUCAAUGCUUUUAUUAUUCCUUGUUAUGAGCAUCUCUUUCUCUUGGUUGGUUCUUGAGGUUGUAAGUGAUUUCAUUUCAAAGCAGAUUUCUGUUUGGAAAAUGACCAAAUUUUUAGGUGAAAAAAGGAACGGGCUUGAGAAUCGGGCCAGCAACAAGAGAAAUCCUGGAGGGUUUUUGUGUUAACCAAACCCGGACUACUAAAAAUAGUAAGUCUUACUUAUAUCUCAUGUUUGGCCCUUGUUUAUUGGUUGGUUAGUUGAUUAUUUACUUGUAUAUUUCGGAUCCCAUUUAAUCUCCAUUGAGGGUUGUGGACAGGAGCAGAAACAAACUUGGUAGCAUUCCAGGACAGGACACUUGUCAUUGUUCUUGCUCUCAUCAGUUAAUGUAAAAGGAAAAAAAAAAGUUAGCUUCUCUCUCUUUUUCCUUCUUUUUCUUCGUUGCAGAACCUAACACAGUGCAGAGGAAGGGACAAAGAUCUUUUAGAUCAAAACGAAGCAAAAGAGAAAAAAAGAAACAAGGAAGAAAAGAUGGCAGCGGUUCCUGAUAAGAAAGCAUUUCCAGAAGCUAAUGUAGACAAAGAGCUGAAUCCUGGCCACAACAAAAGAGUCGAGCCUGAUUCCACUUCCUCCAGCAUUGCCGCCUCCCUUGCCAACAAGGAAAAGGAGGAGGCAGAAAAGAAGAAGGCGGGUGGGGAAAAGAAGGAUAGUGGGGAUGGCUUGAAAACAACGGUGAUAAUCUCAGUGAUUUUUGCUGCUAUUGCUGGUGCUGCAUUUGGCAUUGCUAAGAAAUUGCGAGAGAAACAAACCUGAGAAUUAGGAAAAAUAAAGCCACCAAAAAGGAAAAUCAUGGCCCAUUGAUUAGGCUGGAAAAAUCUAUUAGUAUCACGUGUUUUCUCCUUUUUUUUUGUUUUUUUUUUUUUUGUUUCUAGUUUGUUUUCUGUCUGCAGAAGUUGCUAGAGAGAACUGAAAGUCUCGCAUGCAUGCAUUUUGUUAACUGGCAACAUCAUCAGAGGAUUUUGGAGUUGGAUUAGUUUGAUCAUUGUAUUGACCUAUGCGGGGACACAACAAGUGUUCAUCAUCCCGGCACCCACAUUUUUAGGUUAACUCCUUUUUGUUUCUGUUCCCCAUUGUUCAGUUCGCCCUUAGCUGUAGAACUGGAAUUAGGUUACAUGAUGAAACUUUCUUUCUCCCAAUUUCUAUUAUGAACUAGAAAAGCUUAUUAUUUUCCUUCCCUAAUUCACUUUGGGCUUUUACCGUUUUGAAUGAGAGGAUUAAGAGGUUUCGGGUGUG